AUGCACAUUCUGGGUCUGGCAAAUGGAUCACUUCAGGGAAACUCGGAGAUUCUCCUCAAAGCUGCCCUGAACGCUGCUCAAAAGGAGGAUCCAUCUCCAACUGUUUCAUGGAUUCAUGUGCCUUCAGUUUCAAUACCAAGGAACCCCAAGCCAUUGGAGGGACAAUUGGAUAUCAGUCUUGGUACCGUUGACAGCAUGAAGGCCGGGAAUGAUCACGAUUCGGUGCCAGACGAUAGAGAGGCUGUAUUGACUGCCAUCCUCGACGCAGAUGCAAUCAUUAUCUCUACUCCGACCUAUUCCCAUCAACCCCCGGGCGUGAUCAAGGCCCUAUUCGAUCGAAUUGGCGGCCCAUAUGUCGAUGCGUCUUUUGCGGAGCUCGUCCGUCAAGGACAGGCUGCCGAAGAUCCCAACUUUGCAAAUAUGAAGUUCGAUCCCAGGUUGCAGAAACCAAGAGUCGCCGGCUUCAUGGCUAUUGGCGGUUCCAGAACUCCCGAUCAGUUUACUAUGGCUCUACCCAGUCUCCAUGUCCUCGUUUACCCAAUACACGCUAAAGUCGUGGACCAAUUUAUUGGACAAGGAGUGGCUGCUCGCGGAUCUGUUCUCCUGCAGCCCGAACUCAUGGAAAGGGCAAGGCAGCUGGGACGACAUAUUGUCAGUCAAAUGGGCAAGCAUUUUGACGACGCGCAGUACCUCGGGCCCAGGGACGAGUCCAGCUGUCCAAACUGUCACUUGAGCAAAAUCGAGCUUCUGGGAAAAGACAAAUCCAUUGGCUGCAUUACUUGUGGUGCUCGGGGAAAGCUGGUCAUUCUCCCAAAUCAAGAGAUCCGUUUCGAUUGGGAAGAUAACUCGAUCUGGAGCUGCAUCACCAUGGAAGGGAAGUUGAAGCAUUCCAAAGAGAUUGGGGCAUGGGGAAUGGAAGAGCAACAGAAGCUCAAAUCGAUCGAGAAGGAGAAGCAGUCAUGGCUCGAUCUGCACGCUCCAAAGGUUCCUCUCCCUAGUGAAUCUAUUUGGUCAAAGCUAGACUCAUAG